GAGAGUGAGAGGCAGAGGUGACGGAGGAGCAUGAAGUGAAAGAGAGAGGGGGAGUAAAAGAGUGCGCGUGCUAGAGUGUGCUACAAGUUAGAAACAGUGCCACUAUACAUGUAUGUAGGAUAACUUUUAGUUGAGCCAAGAUAUAGCAGAAUGGGAUGUUGUGGAUGUGAAGACGAUAAGAAGAAAGAGGAGUACGUUAGCGAUCUGAGUAGUCCCGUACAUAACAGAGGAUGUACAGAUAUCUUCUGUUUAGUGGUAUUCCUCCUCUUCUGGAUUGGCAUGAUUUUCAUAGCAGCAUUCUCUUUCACCAAUGGUGAUGGAGACCGACUGCUGUAUGGGUAUGACAGCUUUGGUAAUACAUGUGGUAAGAAGAAUAUGCCAAUUGUAAAUGUUUCCAAUUCUGGUCGCGACAUGACUACUAAGACGCAUGUUUUCUUCAUGAAUAUUGCAAAUCCUGCUAAAUCCCUUUCAAUCUGUGUGGAGAAAUGUCCAGAUGUUCCCAUGGAUGAUGUGGCAGAAUAUAAAAAGUUUGCUGAAAGAACUGGUGUACACCUUUGCAGUUAUGAUGUUGCUGUUGCUGAUUACACCUCUAGCAUGACUGCAAAUAAGGGUCCGUGCCCUGUCGUUGUAUACAAAAGUAUUUCUCUGUUAAACCGAUGUUUGCCAUCUGGUCUGAAAGAUAUGCCCAAGAGUGUCGUCAACAAAAUCAUUGUGUUUAUGAAUGAGUCGGAUGUUUUUGAGAAGAUUCUUGGAGAUCUCUAUCGUAGCUGGAAACAAAUGUUGUUGUUGGGUUUAAUUGCAGUCUGUUUAUCUUUUCUGAUGGUUAUUUUGGUUAGAUUUAUAGCCAGAGUGGUCAUCUAUGUAAUUCUUGUUGUUGCGGCUCUUGGCAGUAUAAUUGGUACAGCAUUUCUGUGGUGGACAUAUGCUGGCUUUAAAAAUAAGUUAGAUGAUGAUAGUGCUUUCCAAAUUCCUUUCUUGGACAUUGAAAUCAAUGGAGAAAAGGCAUUCCUGAUUUAUUCUAUAAUUGCAACUAUUUUGACGGUGAUUCUGUUACUUGUACUGUUUGUAAUGCGGAAGCGUAUCGAAUUGGCCAUUGGGCUGUUCGCUGAAGCUGGAAAAUGUCUCACAGAUAUGCCCAGUUUGAUUAUUCAACCAUUGUGGUCAGUUUUUAUCCUCGUUAUCUUCAUUGUCUACUGGAUUAUCACCCUUGCCUACCUCUCCACUGCUGAAAUUCCUGAAUCAAAUGAUGCAGGGUUUGUCACUUACAAGGAACAUGCAUAUGUGUCCUAUUUUUGGUGGUACCAUGUAAUCGGGUUGAUCUGGACAGGAGAAUUCAUUCUGGCAUGUGAACAGUUGGUGAUAUCUGAAAUAAUAGCCACAUGGUACUUUACAAGGGAAAAGCAGAAGAUGACAUGUACAAUACCUAGUGCCAUGUGCCAUGUCAUAGUUUAUCAUCUGGGUACUGCUGCUUUAGGGAGCUUCAUCAUCACCCUAGUAAAACUCCCUCGAUGGAUACUCAUGUACACCGAAAAGAAGUUGAAGAAAUCAGAAAGUGAAAUUGCCAAGUUUUGUUUAAAAUGUUGUAUUUGCUGCCUGUGGUGUCUUGAAAAAUGUUUGAAGUUCCUCAAUGCUAACGCCUACACUGUUGUUGCCAUCAAAGGAACCAGUUUCUGCACCUCAGCCAGGAGGGCAUUUAAUCUUCUGGUCAAUAAUGUUCUACGUGUGGCUGCGAUCAACAGUGUUGGUGAUUUUCUGCUCUUCUUGACGAAAAUCUCUAUUAUGGUCCUCACUGGUGCUAUAGGAAUUGCAUGGUUUAAGACAGAUGAAGAUCUCCAUUAUUAUGCCAUCCCUGUUCUCUUAGUGUGUGUCUUUGCCUAUAUAUUGGCCAGCUGUUUUAUGUCUCAGUAUGAGAUGGUGGUUGAUACCCUGCUGCUGUGUUUCUGCGAGGAUGUGGAGAUUAAUGAUGGUUCUGCAGAGAAACCAUACUACAUGGAUACUUCAUUAAUGAAAUUCGUGGAUGGUGCCAGCAAGAAACUAAAUGAAUCUCGUCAAACUGGGGAGAAAGAAGAGGCUGCAGAAAAAAUGCAAGCUCAAGGUUCUGAAGAAAAUUAAUGACUGAACUGCUAUGCAAUAAGCUUGACAGACAAACCUCUUGUCUGCACACACACAAAAGUAAUCAUCUCUUGG